AUGAUGCAGAACAAGAUUCAACUUGUUGUUUUGCUCGCAGGAAUCCUGUCGAAGGCUUCAUGCGACCCAUAUCGAUUCGUCCUGAUCAAAGAACCGAAGACCUGGGCAGAAGCGCAAUCGUACUGCAGGGAGAAACACACGGAUCUGGCGACGGUUCAGAGCGAUGAAGACAGAGCCAAACUAAAGGAGGUAGCAGAUGCUGUGAGCUUCAGAUCUUUCGCCUGGACCGGCUUCUACAAAGUUUUUUGGCGUUGGUCGCAUCAAAACACGGUGAUCAGCUAUGAGAAGUGGGCUUUCCAGGAGCCGGACUUGUCCAAAACAAAUGAGGCCUACGACAACACACUUCAGGACAAGUUUAGGUAUUUUGAAUGGGACAUGAACUGGCAUGCUGCUCAGAAGUACUGCAGAUCAAACCAUGUAGACCUGGCCACCGUUACAGACGACACAGAGAACACACACCUCGCAUAUGUGAUUGAAAGAGAGUAUGACUGGAAUGCCUGGAUCGGCCUGUCCAAGAAGCAGGGGCUGUGCCAGUGGCAGUGGUCGGAUCAGACCAGCGUGUCGUCAUCUGUGAAAUGGGAGUCCGGGCAGCCUGAUAACAUAAACGGCACUGAAGAGUGCGCGACUGCAGAUACCGACGGACAGAUGGCUGACGACACCUGCUCGACCCGACUGCCUUUCUACUGCCGUGAAAACACAAAAAUACAGCGUGUGAGAUUCGCAGUGAAAUCAGACGGAUCUCUGGACGAAUCCACAGUGAUGGAGGCCAUAGAGAAGAAGAUGAAGCAGAUCCUCUCGGAUCAGGGCGUGGAAAUCACAUCCAGCAUAACAUGGAUUGUCCAACCUGACAGGAUGAUCUUCCAGCAGCAGGAAACACAAGAAAACACACAAGAGACGCAUGAGUAA